AUGUCAUUGUGGGUGGAUAAAUAUAGACCAAAGUCAUUGGAUUCCAUUGAUUAUCAUUUUAAUAUCUCUAAAAGAUUGAAGUCCUUGGCUUCCUCUGGUGAUUUCCCUCAUUUGCUAGUAUAUGGGCCUUCUGGAGCUGGUAAAAAGACGAGAAUAUUAGCAACACUUCAGGAGUUAUAUGGUCCAGGUGUGAACAGAAUGAAAAUUGAUGUCAGAACAUUCAAGACUCCAUCAAAUAGAAAAAUUGAAUUCAAUAUUGUGUCCAGUCCUUAUCAUAUUGAAAUCACUCCAAGUGAUUUGGGGAACAAUGAUAGAAUCAUCAUUCAAGAUUUGUUAAAAGAAAUUGGUCAAACUGAACAGAUAGAUUUCCAGACAGGUAAACACAGAUUCAAGAUUGUUAUCAUAAAUGAAGCUGAUUCUUUGUCAAGAGAUGCUCAGGCUGCCUUGAGAAGAACCAUGGAAAAAUAUUCCACCAAUAUUCGAUUAAUUUUGAUUUCUAAUUCGACGUCUAACAUAAUUCCCCCAAUCAAAUCCAGAACCUUGCUAAUCAGAGUGCCGCUUCCUACUGUGAACGAAAUCGUCGGGGUCUUGAGUAAAAUUGCCGAAAAGGAAGAUAUUCGCUUACCAUCCAACGAAGACGAGAAGUCCUCUAUAUUGGCAAAAAUCGCCGAGCACUCCGAUAGAAACUUAAGAAAAACAAUUUUAUCAUUUGAAGCCUUAGCCAUGACUAAUGAUUCAAUUUCAUCUGCCUGCAAGUUAGUCGAAUUGGAUUGGGAGAAAGUCAUUGCCGAUUUAUCAAAGCAAGUGGUCAAAGAUAGAUCAGUGAAAAAUCUAUCACAGUCAAGAAGUGUAUUAUAUGAAUUGUUAAGUCAUUGUAUUCCUGCAAAAAUCAUAUUGAAAGAAUUGACAUUCAACUUACUAUGUGAUCCUCGAGUUACAGAUCCAAUGAAGUACGACAUUGUCGAUGCUAGUUCAUUGUUUGAUGAAAGAUUGAGUUUGGGUAGUAAAGAUAUUUUCCAUUUGGAAGGGUUCCUUGCCAGAUCUAUGGUGAUCAUGGAAAGCAAGAAAUGA